CUAAUUAGCAGCAUCGUUAAUACUUUCUGCGCCCCUCGUGCGAUCGGAUUGAUGUUCUCCACUUUCAUACCCAAGUCAAGUGUGGACGUCUCUGUAAGUGUGAGGCCAUCAUGGCGGCAUUCAAAGGCAUCUGGACUCAGGCCUUCUGGAAAGCUGUUUCAGCAGAAUUUGUGGCAAUGCUUAUAUUUGUCCUCCUGAGCCUUGGCUCCACAAUCAACUGGGGUGUAGCUGAGAAACCUCUACCUGUAGAUAUGGUCCUUAUCUCUCUCUGCUUUGGACUUAGCAUUGCCACGAUGGUGCAGUGCAUUGGACACAUCAGUGGUGGCCACAUUAACCCUGCAGUGACUGUUGCUAUGGUCUGCACUAGGAAGAUCAGCCUUGCCAAGUCAGUCUUCUAUAUUGCAGCGCAGUGUCUGGGUGCUAUUGCAGGGGCAGGAAUUCUCUACCUUGUUACUCCCAGGAGUGUGGUAGGGACCUUGGGAGUCACCUCGGUACAUAAAGACCUUUCCGCUGGCCAUGGACUACUGGUGGAGUUGAUCAUUACAUUCCAGCUGGUUUUCACUAUUUUUGCGAGCUGUGAUUCAAAACGAAGCGAUGUCACAGGUUCAGUGGCAUUAGCAAUUGGACUGUCAGUUGCAAUCGGACACUUGUUUGCUAUCAACUACACAGGUGCCAGCAUGAACCCUGCUAGGUCAUUUGGACCUGCCGUUAUCAUGGGAAAAUGGGAACACCACUGGAUAUAUUGGGUAGGACCAGUCAUAGGAGCAGUCCUUGCAGCUGCCCUUUAUGAAUACAUCUACUGUCCCGAUGCUGAGCUCAAGCAGCGUUUCAAAGAGGCCUUCACUAAAACAAGUCAGCAGUCCAAAGGGAAAUACAUAGAAGUAGAAGACACCAGGAGCCAGGUGGAGACAGAUGAUUUCCUCUUGAAGCCUGGAAUGGUCCACGUCAUUGACAUUGAGAAGGGUGAAGAUAAGAAGGGAAGAGACCCAACAAACGAGGUGCUGUCAUCUGUAUGACUAGCAAGGAGCACUGAAAGCAGAGAACGGCCUACUACCUUGCCCACAGAUAGCCUUCCACCCAUAAAAGAGACAGAUCUGUUGUAAAUUAGGCCCCUACCUCAUCUUAAAAUCAUAGCAGCAAUUAAUUAUCAGACCACAACCCCCAUUGUGUUGAAGUGGUAGCAGUUAACGAUGUUGAGUGAUUAUUCCAAAUUGAGAAUCUUCCUAUUGGUGAUUAUGAUAGAGGGAAUCUUUCUGUUCCUUCUCUGUCCCAAGUGAAUUUUAGAAGAAGCAUACAUUUUUAUGCAGGCAAUUCCAAGUAGGAAAUAGCAGUUGUUGACAAUCAGAUUGACAGAUGAGGUUUAUCUGAAGAUGCCUAUAGACACAGAAAGCAGUGUCUAUCAGAUUGUUCUUCUGACACUUAAUUGCCUGUUGUCAAUCCUGAUUAGAAUUUUAAUGUUAGAGUCCAUGAAAAGCUCAGAGACAGCAAGGCCAACAUAGAGGACACAAAAAUCCUUUCAAAUCAUUGGCUUUUUAUAUCCCAUUCUAAAAUAACCAUUCUGUCAACUUUUAAAAUUGAUGCUACCUCCAGGGGCUCAUACUCCCUCCAUUAAAUUCUCUAUACUCUUCUUUCACAUAGUAGAAAGAAACCCUUUCCGAUCAUAACUAAUAAUCUUAAAACUGAAGGGUGUUGAUGACGAUAAGGAAUACAUCACUUUAUUAUCCUUCCCUUAAAAAGUUCAUAUGAAAUUUCAGUUGUUUACAACAUAACAUUAGUAGACCUUUGAGGGCAUAUACAAACAACAACAAAAUUUCAUAUUUCAUCUCAAAAGAAACAAAAAUAUGGGCACAGU